AUGGCAUGGUACUGUUCCGGUUCCACCAACGCCGAGCUGAUCGAGAACCUAUUCAAAGCCGAGUUAAUUCAGAAUGAGCGUGUGAAAGAAGCCAUGAUAGGAGUUGAUCGAGCUCAUUACGCUCCAUCUCGGCCAUACUCGGACUCGCCCCAGCCCAUCGGGCAUGGAGCUACCAUCUCAGCACCCCACAUGCAUGCUCAUGCAUGCGAAUAUCUCAUUGAUUACCUCAAGCCUGGCUCUCGAGUGUUGGACAUUGGAUCUGGCUCAGGAUAUUUGACCCACGUCUUCGCCAACCUGGUGACCGACUCAUCCGGCAGUGCAGUCCAGGGACAGGUGAUUGGAAUCGAUCACAUCUCCGAGCUGACAGACCUGGCCCGCGAUAAUAUGAACAAGUCCGAGGAAGGCCGUGAGCUGCAGGCAUCCAGAAAAGUCGAGUUUAUCACGGGUGACGGUCGCCUCGGAUGGAAAGAAGGUGCACCAUACGAUGCAAUCCACGUCGGAGCUGCGGCCGAGAAUCUUCAUCCGACCCUGGUGGACCAGCUACGUGCCCCUGGGCGAUUGUUCAUUCCCUUGGAGUCGGAGGAUGGUAGAAGCGCCAGGGAUAUUUUGAGCGACGGCCAAUUUAUCUGGGUGGUAGAUAAACGGGAGGAUGGGUCCGUUCACAAAGAAAAGGUCUUCCAGGUCAGUCACUAA